AUGCUGGUCCAGGUUAAGUACGGCGAACAACAAAAAUAUGUGAAACUUGAUUCUACUGAAGGGCAGUUUGACUUUCUACAGUUUCAUCUAAAAGUCAUCGAGAGAUUUUGCUUGCCACCAGAUGCAAAAGUUAUAUACAAGGAUGCAACAGGGACCGAAGUUGAUGCAGAAAUAUUCAGUGACCUCAUUGGUCAAGGCAAUGUGGUGCUGAAAGUUUUCACAAAUGAUGAAACCCUGACUGAUUCCACAAGAAGACAAAUGAUUAACAUACUGGUGGCUCAUAUGAUUGAAAAUCAUGGGCAACUCCCUACUAAAGUAAUCAGAGAACAGUAUGCUCUUGGCAUAGUGAUGCUGUUCCCUUCCCUCAGAGAUCCAUAUUCCAAGAAAGGCUACGUAAUACAAGAUUUUACUCUCCUGUUUGAUGAAGAGACAUCUUCCCGGCUGCUUCAAAAGUGGGACACAUUCUUCAGGCCAAAUGUCAUAAAAGAGGCCAAGCGCCUUACGUCAACAGCAGAGUUGAGCCAGUUGUUGCUGUCAGCAGAAAGACCACAAGGAAGUGAUCUUGACGAGACAAGAAGUAAGUUGGGUUUGAUUUACUUGUUUUUAAGCAUUUGGUAUAUUUGCAGUUACAUUUGCUUCAGGUAUUGUUUUGAUGACUGACACAUUAAAAUGACCAAACAUCACAA